CAUUCAUCAGUCACUUAGCAGAAAGAAUCACACCGACACAAAAACAAUUCAUAUGGCCACCACCACUGCAGCAGCAGCCUCGGGUAUCUUUGGGAUCCGGAUUCAAGAUCCGAGACCCGGAACCGGUAGAGUCCAAGCCCGGUUCGGGUUCAGUUUCGGAAAAAAGAAACCCGCCCCACCGCCGAAGAAAUCGAGGCAGGUCCAAGACGACGGAGACCGACUAGUUUGGUUCCCCGGCGCAAAACCACCGGAAUGGCUAGACGGAUCGAUGAUCGGAGACCGUGGAUUCGAUCCGUUCGGUUUAGGUAAACCGGCGGAGUAUCUUCAGUACGAUUUCGACGGGCUCGAUCAGAACCUUGCCAAGAACGUGGCCGGUGAAGUCAUCGGGAUCAUCCAGGACUCGUCGGAGAUUAACCCGACGCCGUUUCAGCCGUACACUGAAGUCUUUGGGAUCCAACGGUUCAGAGAAUGCGAGUUGAUCCAUGGAAGGUGGGCCAUGCUUGGCACGCUUGGCGCCAUCGCCGUCGAAGCUCUCACCGGGAUCGCCUGGCAAGACGCCGGAAAGGUGGAAUUGGUGGAAGGUUCGUCGUAUUUGGGACAGCCAUUGCCUUUUUCGUUGACGACGUUGAUAUGGAUUGAGGUGUUAGUGGUCGGGUACAUCGAGUUCCAGCGUAACGCUGAGCUGGAUCCUGAGAAACGAAUUUACCCGGGUGGGUAUUUUGACCCGCUUGGACUCGGGUCUGACCCAGAGAAGUUGGAUACUUUGAAGCUGGCAGAGAUUAAACACUCUCGUCUCGCUAUGGUCGCAUUUCUCAUCUUUGGUCUUCAGGCAGCCUUUACCGGUAAAGGCCCUAUCAGCUUCAUCGCCACUUUUAACAAUUAAUGAGCCUUUCUAUCUUUAAAUUAUAGUAUUUUCUUAAAUAAUGAAAGCUUUAUAAUGCAUGUUAUGGUAAAGACUAAAGAGGUUGAGAUGUACUCAAGCCGUGUUAAUCUAAAUGAGUUUGUUUAUUGUUUUGGUGUUUUUCGAAUUGGAUUAUUAGAUCUGUCGAUUUGUCUGUUA